AUGGCAGCUCGACGAACAUCAUGUUUUUUGUUUAUUAUUAAGGUCGACAAUGGCGAAGAGCAGAGGGAACUGGAGCGGCGAUUACAAGGAAUGGAUUUCAAAUGCAACAUGUCUAUACAGCAACUGGUAUGGAACCGACUUCAACCCACAGUUGUAGCGAAGUCCGACCGUCGUCGGAGACGGGGUCGCAAAGGGGGGCUUUCGAAGGAAGACACCAUGGCGUUGUACCAUUGCGGUAGACGCUGGCUGGAAGCUCACGAGGAGCAUCGGGAAUUCCGCAAGUCCAAUAAGUCGAUCAAGUCCAAAGGUUAG